CUCGAAUACAUUAUAAAUUGUCUAGAAAACUCAUUUUAAAAUCCGGUCUUCUGGGAAGUUAUCUGAAUGAUAAUGUCGGAGCAAAAUUGGGUCAAGUCUGUGGCAGUAAUCGGUGCCGGAGCAGCAGGCGCUAUCACUGCCGCAGCUCUUGUGGCAGAGAAAUACUUUGACCGGAUCCAAGUGUUUGAGCGACGAGAAAGUGCUGGUGGGACAUGGAUAUAUGAUCCAUCUCCUCCAUCAUCGCUGCCUCUUAGGCCAGGAGGAUUGCCACCGGAUGUUGAUCCCCCACUGAGCAUUCCCGAUGCGCUUCCAAGAAUUACUUCUCCUAGUACACAAGAGCGAUGGAAUAAGACGCCAAUAUACUCCUCACUGACUACAAAUGUUCCCUCGAUUGCAAUGUCCUUCUCGGACUUGCCAUUCGCUUACGGACCAUUCGUCCCUCACCACAUUCCCAAGCAAUAUGUCGAGUCAUACUUCUCUCACCACAAAACAGACUCUUUACUCAGUUUAAACACCACGGUUGAAGAUCUAUCAGUGAUUGAAGGAUCCGAGAAAGGUAGGGAGAGAUGGAACUUAACUCUCCGAAAGCACGAUUCUGUUCGUGGUGUCGACGUUUGGUGGCAGGACGAAUUCGAUGCAGUGGUCUUGGCAAACGGCCAUUAUGGAGUUCCAUAUAUCCCCGAAGUCAAAGGCCUUGCCAAGUACCUAGAGCUCUUCCCCGGCCGCGUAGUCCACUCAAAAACCUACCGAACACCCCAACUCUACCGAAACAAAAGAGUCUUGACCAUCGGCAACUCUGCAUCCGGCCAUGACCUCACAAAUGAUCUCCUCCUAGAAGCAAGUCUCCCCGUCUACCAAUCCCGACGCUCCAAAUCCCGCUGGGACGGCUCCGAACCACCACCAGGCAUCGCAUGGAAGCCCAUCAUCAAAGAAUUCCUCCCAUCAGGGCGCAUAAUUUUCGAAGACGACACAUACCUCGAUGACAUCGACACAGUAAUCUACUGUACCGGAUAUAAAGCCUCUUUCCCAUUCUGGAACGUCAAGAACAACGGUCGUGAAAUCUGGGAUUACGAGAAAAACAAGCUGGUCAAAUCAUACAUCCACACUUUCUUCCACGAGUACAAAACUCUCGGUAUUGUGGGAGUACCUCGUGUUUUGACGUUUAGGAGUUUCGAGUAUCAGGCUAUUGCGCUGGCGAGGUUGUUUUCUGGGAGGCAGGCGAGGGAGUUGCCUGGUUUGGAAGAGCAGGAGGAGUGGGAGAGGGAUAGAGAGGAGAGGGUUAAGAGAGAAGGGAAGAAGUUCCAUGAUAUUGAGUGGGAGACUGGAGAGACGCUGAAUUGGCUGGGAGAGCUGUAUGAGAUUUCGGGGUUGGGUUUGUUGACUGGUGAAGGGAGGGUUCCGCCUGUGCUUGGGGAGGAGGUGAGGUGGGCUAUUGAGCAUUUGAGGAAAUACCCUGAGCCGGGGAAGGAUGGUGUAGAGGAUAGAAAGGAGUUUGAGAAGAGUGCGGGAGACGAGCAAUCUGGAGAUGGCGAGGAAUGGGUGCUGGUUGAGAGGAAGAAGAAAGAUUUGCUUGCAUUUAUCUAGGCGCAUGUCAGGUAUUACAGAUAUCAAAGGUGUCAUCACUAGACACAGAAUUUCACAUCUAAAUUACAGACCGGGCAGAGUAUCCUUGUUUACAUUUCCACUCACAUCACUAGGUAGAAAUAAACGAACCCCACCACGUGUUCCCACGUGCGUCCAAACUGCGACCUGCAACAAAGAUCCUUCUCAAAACGCAAAAGUGAGGCGAGACAAGCAAAAAAGGAAUAUAAUAUCGAAAGAAACUAUUCGAGACGUGGCGUGCAGGUCGGUAAGUUGGCUGCCAAGUGUUGGUGACGAGAAUAAGGGGGCUGUGCCAAGGAUGCGGUGAGAGGUGAGAUUUUCUGGGGGCGGGCGGAUCGUGACGAUAGCCAAUCGGGAAUUGGGACAGGGUGGUUUUUGGGCUGAUGAAAGGCGUCGAAGGGGUUAAUGCAGUGGUUAAGGUUUCGUAUUUGAAAGAGGUAGCUGAGGUUGUUGAUAGUAUGGCUUGGGCUAGAUCUGAUAGUUCCCGAAUUGUUGA